GAUCCCAUUUGUUGAUUCUUUAUAAUAUUUCUUGUGCUUUUAGGGGUUUGUUUAUAAAGUCUUUGCAUACUAUAUCUGAAGAGGUUUAGCUAUUCUGUCUUCAGGCAGAUAAAGUGUUUCUGUUUCAAUAAUUAGCUCUUUGAUCUGUUUCAAUUUUAGUUUAGUGCAUGGUGAGAGAUGUGGGUCCUGGUUAAUCUUGGGCAUGUGGAAAGCCAGUUUCCCCAGCACUGUUGGUUAAAUAGCCUGUCUUUCCUUCAGCACAGACGUUUGGCUCCUCUGUCACAGGUCCACAGCCUCUGCUUGCCCGGGAAAACAGCAGUGCAUCAAAGAAAAAGAACGAAAGAGCUACUGAAACUAAGAAGGAAAAGGAGGCACAGGUGACAGCAGCAGCAGUGGUGGUGGGAGAGGUGGCAGCGCCAGAGGUGGCGGCAGUGCCACCAAUAAUUGCAGAGCAACAGACAGGUGACAUAAAGAAAAGCAUGGAGGAAUCUGUAGUGCCAACCCCAGCUCCUGCGGUCCAGGGAGACCGGACUGUUCAACUGAAAGAUGAGCCAAGAGAGGGCCUCCUCGUGGUAAGCAGUGGAGCAGCCAGUGCCGAAGUGAAAGGCAAACCUGGAGAGGGCCUCUCCGAGAUGAACAGGGGACCGCAAAGCACUCAAGCAAAAGUGGCUGAGAGAAGAAAUGAGAUGUGGUCUGAGGGAGAUGGCUACCAUAGAGUAGUUAAUGUGCCCAAGAAACCUCCACUACUAGAAAAGAAACCACCACUGCUAGAAAAGAAACCACCACUACUAGAAAAGAAACCUCCACUGCUAGACAGACCCGGUGAAGGAGGCUACAGUAGAUAUUACAGUCAUGUUGGUUACCGAGACUAUGACGAGGGCCGCAUUUUUUCUCAUGAUCGAAGAAGUGGUCCACCUCACAGAGGAGAUGAAUCUGGCUACCGAUGGUCAAGAGAUGAUCAUUCUGCAAGCCGCCAGAGUGAUUACAGGGACGUGAGAGAUGGCUUUAGAAGAAAAAGUUUCUACUCUUCCCAUUAUACGAGAGACCGGUCUCCUCAUACAAGGGAUCCUCCUUUUUUCCGAGACUCUCCUGUAGGCCGAAAGGACUCUCCCCACAGCAGAUCCGGUUCCAGUGUCAGUAGCAGGAGCUACUCUCCAGACCGAAACAAGACGUACUCUUUCCACCAGUCUCAGCACAGAAAGCCCGUGCGUGCCAGUGCCUCCUACAAACGGCAGAAUGAAGGAAAGCCAGGAAGAGAUAAAGAGAGACCUGUCCAGUCUUUGAAAACAUCAAGAGACACUUCACCCUCAAGUUCUCCAGCAGGUCCUUCACCAAAGGCUCUAGAGAAGCCCAGCAGGCUGACAGAAAAGGAGCUCGCCGAGGCUGCCAGCAAGUGGGCUGCGGAGAAGCUGGAGAAGUCGGAGGAGAGCAGCGUGCCCGGGAUUUCCGAGUUCCAGGUGCAGUCUGGGUUCCAGCAAAGACCGUGCAUCCCCGCUGUGUGGAACCAGGCGGGAAACAGCCCUCUCCUGGAGCUCCCGAAGCUGGCAAUACAACUUCCUCCAGGAGCGAACAGCGAGACGCAGAGCAUGGACCCCCUGCCCUCCACGACACGUACUUCAGGACCCACCUGGGGAGACAUUAAGAAAAUUACUUACCAAGCUGAACAAACUCUCAAAAUGACAGGAACCCCCUUCACUCCUGAAAACUUGUUUCUUUCGAUGAUAGAGCAGAUCACAUCCAGUUCCAAGGCUGCAAAGGCGGGACCUACAACACCGUUAUUCAUUGAGCAGCCAGAGGAGCCGGAGACCAAUGCAACCAACAGCACAGAAUUAUUUGAAGACAGCCAGCUCAGCAGUCGCUCAAAAGCAAUAGCCUUGAAAACCAAAGAGAUUGAACAGGUUUACCGACAAGACUGCGAAACUUUCGGGAUGGUGGUGAAAAUGCUGAUUGAGAAAGAUCCUUCCCUAGAAAAGUCUAUACAGUUUGCACUGAGACAGAAUUUACAUGAAAUAGGCGAGCGGUGUGUUGAAGAACUCAAGCAUUUCAUUGCGGAGUAUGAUGCUUCUGCUCAAGAUUUUGGAGAGCCUUUUUAGAAGACAUAGUGGUCAGGCAAGAAAAAAUGUUUUUGAUUUUUUUUUUUUUCCUGGAUUGUGUAACUCCUUAGUACAUGGAGUCUUUGUCAUGAAGAGAUACUGAGUUUUCAGUAUCAAAUAAACAUCUAACAUAGUCUUAAGAUACUUUAAUUAGAAUUUUUUUCUACACCUAGGACCUACUAGUCCAUCUUCAUCUUGCACCCUAAAGUGAUGGUCAGUUAACUGUUCACACUUUGGGAAGCGGUCCUGGAGGGCGGUUUCACUUUCUCAUGUUGCAUAAUCUCCCAGGUGUAUGAUUUGUUUGGUCACAUGAGUGUAACUUGCAGGUUUAGAGAUCAUUCCACUUAAACAUCAGUUGUCUUUCUACAUUUCAUAGUGAGUGAUACCAUGUGGAAAUAUUGGAAUUCUGAGUUGUGAUUUUUAUUAACUUGUUGCUUGCUUGCCUUAGGCUUCAUAAGUUUUAAUAUGCUAAAGUAUACUACGGUGAUACGGUGAGUACUUGGUAUCUUAGAGGAUACUUGCUUUGAGACUAAUUCUCACUCAGUGAUAACACAGCACUUGAGGUCUCUGAAAGACAUCAGAAUAAAAUCUUUGUUCUUAGUAAAUGAACUCAGUAUAUCUCUUCUAUUAAAAAACUCCUAAAGCUGUUAACCACCCUGAUACCUUAGUUUUGUGUACAAGACUAAUAGAAGGGGCAGUUUGAGAUGGAAGGUGAGGAAUAUUUGAAAAUCCCUUUGAUCACCUGAGGAAAACCUUUAAAUAUGUAAGAGUACUGGGCUUUUAUUUUUAUAAGCCCAUACUCCAUCUCAGAAUUGAUUAAUACAGUGCUUAGAAUGAAACCAUUUAUAGAUUUUGGGGGGUGUACUUUGUGAUCUUGUGACUUCUUUGUUCUGGUGACUUUGGGACGUACUUAGUCUUUCCUAAGUGUUCUUAAAAAAAACGCAGCAAAAUAGGCAGUAAGUCCAGCACAGUACCCCUUACCAAGCAGCCUGGGUAAGUAGUCCUUCAUGAGUGACCGUCAAAUCACAGGUCAGUUAAGACUCUUACCUGGGACCAUUAGGAUGGUUCACUCAUUUCCUGGUCACUUCCCGCAGCCCACUGGCACUCAGCCAAAAUAUAAUUCGCAGCAUUAGUUAACGAGAAAACAUCAAAAAUCAUGUUUGCCAUUAUGUUACCCAAUUUAUCUUCCUAUCUUUCCGUUUCCACUCUUUUGACAUUACUUUUAGUGGCCCUUUGAUAUUAUCUAAAGAACUACCCCAGAGCACAGUAAGGUAAUAGUAAAAGUGGAAACAGCAGUAUAGUUUUAAUGGACUCUAUGGCUCAAAAUAUAUAUUAUGCCAUUUCACAAAUUUAGAGACUAAUUUAGGACAACAUUUAAAUUUUUAAAGUUUUCUAAGUGAGACUAUCUUGAAUUUUUAUUUUUGCCUUUGAGAUGUUGUACUUACCUUUUAUAAAACAUAAGCCAAAUGAAAUCCCAGAUAUUAUUUCUGAUGGUCUCCCUUCGUGUGAAGGGAGACCACUGCAAUCUUUAGAAAGACUGAGAAGGCACCCAGUGUUUUUUCUAUAAAUAUUCUAGUCCCAGCAUUCAGUUCCUUUCGUCAAGAUGUCACAAGUUUAAAAAUAAAUCCUGAGAAGCUACCAGAGAAAAAAGAAUCAUUCACUUUGUUAAAGUUUAUUAAAAAGUCUUGCUAACAUACAUUUAGAUGUAGGUUCAACUGGUAAUUUCUUCUUCCUUUCUCUUAAAUUACAUUCAACAUGUAAAGUGGUUUAUAGCUUGCCUUCAGCAUUAUUCUGCUAGGCUUGUCAGUGUUAAACUUUUUUUAAAAUGUAUUUUAAAGCCUGAUGUUAGGUAAUUCAGAUGUGUAACAGAGUAUGUAUUUUGCAAAAUGUUUUUGAAGAGAAUUGUUUGUAAAUUAUCCAUUGUUUGUGCAUAUACCCAGUUGAUGUGAUAAAAUUCUCAUUAUCUUUCCAUAAAGCCUUGACGAUCAACAGGGGGAAGCAUAUAUUGUAAAGCUUAUUAUGAAUUUUGAAAGUACAAAAUAAAGCAACCAAGUUUAAAUA